AGGAGGAAGAGGCGGAGGAGGAGGCGCCGCCCCCUUGGCGAGCUCGGCGCCCCGGCGGCCUUGGCAGGACCCAUGGCGGAUCUCUCGCCUGCGCCGGCCCCGCGGGAAGGCGGCCCCCGUGCGCACCGGGCCUCGGCGCCCUCCCCGCCGCCGCGCUCUCGCUCCGGCUCGGAGCCGGAGGAGGCCGAGCUGUCGCUGAGCCUGGCCCGCACCAAGACCCGCUCGUACGGCAGCACGGCCAGCGUGCGGGCGCCGCUGAGCGCCGGCGUCAUCGAGCGCCAUGUGGAGCACCGGGUCCGCGCCGGAGACACGCUGCAGGGCAUCGCGCUCAAGUACGGAGUCACGAUGGAACAGAUUAAAAGGGCCAAUAAACUGUUUACUAAUGACUGUAUAUUUCUGAAGAAGACCUUGAGCAUCCCGAUUCUAUCAGAGAAGCCUCUGCUCUUUAAUGGACUUAACUCCAUUGAUUCUCCAGAAAAGGAAACUGUUGACAGCAGUUUUUGUCAUGAGGAGGAGCCUGUGUCGGCUGGGGAAGAACUGCCCCCUCCCAGCCCACAGGACCCAGACCCCGAACCUGCGCAGCCUGAGGAAGUGUCUGCUAGAGAUUUCCUGCAGAGACUUGACUUACAGAUUAAACAAUCAACACAGGCAGCCAGGAAACUCAAAGAAGAGACCAGGGAUGAAGAAAGCCCCUACGCUGCUUCGCUCUAUCAUAGUUAGUGACUGGUGGACAUCGCUCUAACCCACAUCACAAACUGGCUGGACCCUAAAGAAUCCACCGACUGGGGGUUCCGGAAGUAACGCUGCUUCUGGACUCCCAUAGCGCGCACCUUUGAGCCACAGAUAGGUAGAGCAACCGCAGCUGCACUGAAGUGAUCAGUUCCUCUGGCUUCCUGUAGUUACGUCCUCUUCUGGCAUGAUAGCAAAACUGUAUUCUAAAGCCUAUCACUUUUGUAGACGGCGGUAGUUUUAGACUGGCCUUUGUAGCUACAAAAAGCAUCCAAGACUAUUUAUAUAUUUAAGCCAAAAGCAAUGUUUAUUUCCCAGUGAGAUUCCAAGUGUAUGAAAAACAUGGUGGCUGUGAAGUGAUAAUGCCUUUGCUGUGUGUUUAUAACCCAAGUGCUAUAAUAUAUAUUUCAAUAUCGUAUAUUCUGUACUACUGUAAAGAAUCAAAUUUUGUCUGCUAUUUUGUAAAAGUAAAAUACAGAUGUCUGGAUGAGAGAAUAAACUAUGUUUUCACAUAGGA